UGCCGGCACCAGGAAACCCGAGCCGGCGGCGAAAGCGGAGCCGGGCCCGACGGCGGCGGGAGGCGCUGGGCGCAGGUAGCCGCGCCGCCCUGCUUGCCCCGCCGCCGGCCCGCGCCAUGGACGCAGGAGCGGACACGAAAGGGGGCAGUGGCCCCGUGACCGCUGAGGACCCCCGGAGCCCGAAGCUCCCACAGCUCCCGCAGCUCCCGCGCCGCCCGCAGCUCCUGGAUGAGGAUGGAGAGCCCCCGGAGGAAGCGGCCAUGGACAGGGGCAGAGACCUGUCACAAGAGGACCCCCCGGCCGACUCCCAGGCUGAGGCCUCGGCGGCACCCUCCGCCCAGGCCCAGGCUAUGGGCGAGGCCAGGCAGGGGCCCAAGGUGGUGGCUGGGGGCGUCCCCAACAUCGGCUUCGUGGGCGAACCCCCACCCUACGCGCCACCCGACCCCAAGGCGGUGCACCUGCUCUACCCGCCCUUCCCGCAGGGGCCCGUCCUCUUCCAGCCCGGGCCGUCGCCCCAGGCCCUGUACCCCCCGCCGUCCACCACGCCCCUCUACCCCGGCUCGGCCCCGGCGCCGCUCUUCGCGUCGUUCCCUGUGUACAACAACCCCAUGGCCGGCAUACCAGCCCCCGCCACGGUGGAGCACAGGCCGCUGCCCAAGGACUACAUGAUGGAGUCCGUGCUGGUGACCCUCUUCUGCUGCCUGCUCACCGGGCUCAUCGCCAUCGUCUACUCCCACGAGACCCGCGCGGCCCUGAGCAGGGGGGACCUGGCCCAGGCUGAGGAGGCCUCACGCAAGGCCCGUUCGCUCGUGCUCUUCAGCCUCCUCUUCGGGGUCUUCGUGUCCACCAGCUGGGUCAUCUACGUGGUCGUGGCUCUCUACCUCCCUUGAGGGCUGCUCCUCCUUCAGGGAUGCCAGGACGCCCUGCCCAGGGACACCCAAUCUGGCCAGACCCUGUCUGUGGACUUGGAUCCCUGCUGGUAGCCAUCUGUUGCUUACAGAGGGGGCCCAGGGGCAGAAAAGGGUAGGAUUUGCAGCCUACAGCACACCUGUGGCUGGGCCUCAGCCCCUGCAGGUGGCCUUGGGUGGUGUCCUAAUCUGAGGUGUGGGCUGGGGGCCCCCUGGAGCCCGAUUUCUGCAGUGCCUCCUCCUAGGUCUUCCUGCGACUGUGCUGGCUGGGCCCCGGGGCCCUUGCCUUCACCUUCCCCCUGGGAGACCAUCAGAGGGACCAGAGCUCCCACUGUCCUCAGAGCUAUCAGGAGGGACACUGCAAACGCGGGCGUCCCUCCACCCCAGCCUAGCUCAGCGAUUGCAGGGCAGAGCUGCCAGUCUCUUCUCCCUGUGGUGCUGCUGGGAGGGUCUCCGCCCUCCUGGGUAGCUCCCGGCUGGUUAUUCUGCGCCCCGCCCCAUCCCAGAAUAGGCUCUCUCAUGCUGGCCCCACAUCCAGAAGCCGAACCCACUAUGUCUGGUCAAUAAACUCUGGGCAGAGCCUCCCAGCUCACUCCCAGCUCAGUCCCAGGGUGAGCGGCAUCCGUCCGUCCACAGCCGGGCUCCUGCGCCUGCCCUGGAGAUGCAUCCAUGCACACACGGCUCUGGCAGCCCCUCUGAGACGUGAUGCCGCUUCUCCGGAGACCCACUUCUCCUGGGCCUGCUUUACUAGCAACUUCUCUUCCCUCUUUGCUGCCUCCUGGCUUCUGCCUCUACUUCUCCAUCUUUCCAUGGGUGUUUCAGCUCUGCCCCAUUCCAUCUGCAUUUUCUGCUCACUCCGUCCCUAGCUUUACUGCCCAAAGAUGGAGGAUCAAUUGGACCCCAUGUGGAGAGGGCCACCCUGAGUUUUGGCAGCACUGUCACGCAGGCCAUUCCAGAGGCUGCUGGACAACCUACAAAGCCUUGUGUCAGACGCCUGGUACCCCAGUCCGGUCAGCUGUGGUCCUGAGAACGCUCUCGGUUUUAUAACAAGGUUCAGAACCAUCUGCAGAGGAAGGAAACUUCCAGUAGGGGGCGCUGUGAUUGACAACAACUGUCUUGGCUUGUUCAGUCCCCAAGAAAUCCUUGCCUUCAGUGUUUGUUUCUCAAGGAAAUUGGGUUUUUCUCAUCUGUAAACUGGGGUACAACCCGCCCCCUGGAGGUAUGGGGUUUCAGUGAGAGAACCAGUGCCGGGCUUGUGGUGAGCUUCUGGGGAACGCAGCUGCCGGGUACUGACGCUGGGGGUUUCCGUUGGGUCUUCCACAGCCAAAGGUGAUGGGGGAGCAGGGAGCAAGGGCCUUACCCUGAGCUUCAGGACUGCCAGCAACCUCCCAACCAGCAGAUGGGAAUCCUGGACAGGGGUCUAGAGCUUUCACCAGGUUCUCAAAGCUUUCACCAGGUUUGUGACUCAACAAGAUUAAAAACCAUCUGCUUAGAGACAGGAGGAAGGGCGGCCCGGCUGAGCCAUGAGAAAGCGACAGCUCAAGUGAAAUCAGGUGCUUUCUGAGCACCCACUGUGUGCUGCUCGCAUCCUGGGCCCCGGCACCGGGGAGCUGGAGAGACACAGAUAAGGAAGUAAGUGAUGGGAGACAGUGCUUGGAGAUGGAGAGGUGGCCUCCUGGUCUACGACGCAUGGCUGGUCCAGAAUCAGGAUGUCAAAAACUGAAAUGCAUGAUAGCUACAAAAAAGGAGGAAAUAAUUUUUUAGGGAUCAAUAGAUGCCAAAAGGUAUUUGGUAGAAUCCAAUAGCCACAGAUAUUCUUACUAAACUCUGAAGUGAAAUCAGAAUAGAAAAAUGUCAUCUAGGCCAGUGUUCCUUAAACUUUAUAGAUGAAACACCUGGGAAAUAUUAUUAAAAUGCAGAUUCUGAUUCAGUAAGUGGAAUCUCAGUUCUGCAUUUUUAAUGAGCUCCCGGUGCAUGAACCAACAGCAGAUGGCACAUUUCAGUGGGAAAUUAGUAAAAUCUUAAAAACCAUUAUAACCAGGAUCAAACCACAAAGGCCUCUGGUGUCACUAUUAUUCAACGUUGUUUUAAGGUUCUAGCAAAUGUGAAAAAACAACAAAGUGAAAUUUGUAGUAUGAAAAUUAGAACAGACAAAAUGAUUUUCUAGGUAGAAUAUCCAAGAAUCAAUGGAAAAAAAAAUAGAACUAAUAAGAGAACUCAGUAAAAUAGUUGGACACAAAAUAAAUAUACAAUAGUUAAUUGUAAUAAUCAGUUACAAGUGGAAGAAUUAAAAAAUUCCACUCAUACUGAUAAAAACAGUUUAAUUAGGAAUAAAUAUAAUAAGAAUAAUCUGGAUCCAAGUGAAGUAAAGAAAGCAAUUUUUUAAAAUUAUCAAAACCCAAAAAAAACCAACCAAAAAAAACCUGAACAAAAUAUCUGGAUAGGAAGAUGUGACAGCAUAAAAAUAGCCUUCUCAAAGAGAUUUCAUUGAAUUCCAACAAGAAAACUAAGUUUUAAAAACGAUGACAAAAAUGUUUUCAAAAUCAAUAUGGAAGGAAGGUGUGUAAAAAUUGCUAGUAAUGUUUUAAAAAGUUGAAUGAGGGUGGACCUUCUUCACCAGAUGUUAAAACUUAGCAUGAAGCUACAAUAAGGAAGGCAGCAUGGCUUUUCCACAGAGAUCGGUGAAAAACAAUAGAAAUCCCAGGAAACAUUCUAAGUAUGUACGGGAAGUUAGUAUCUGAUCACAGUGGGAUUUUAAUUGAGUGAGUCACGGAAGGCUCAAAAUAACCAGAGUUGGCUAAUUGGUUGGAAAAAAUUAUUCUCGUAUGCAAAAGUAAAUUCCAGGUGGAUUAAAGAGUUUAGAAUAAAGCUCUACCAGUAGAAGAAAGCUUAGGAGAGUAUCUGUAUAACUGCAGGGUUUUGAGGCAGUAGGGGAAGGGAAGGCCUUUUUAAAUCUGGAAACCCAGAGGGAAAGACUGAUCGAUUUCAGUUCAGAAAAGUACAGAUUUUACCAGGAGUUGACUUACUAUCAGGUUGGGGGAAAAUUAGAAAGGUUUAAUACACCCCCAGUUGAAGGACUGGACACUGACCCUUUCACCUAUUACUGGUGGGUGUGUAGCCACAAUCUUUGUGGAAAGGAGACUGAUGGUAUCUAUUAAUAACGUAUGUACUGUGUAUUUAUAUGCAUGUAUGUUCAAAGAAGUCUAGAAGGAUGUAUUCCGAACUGCUGCUAGUGGCAGCCUGGGGGGAGGGAAUGGGACCAGGAGGGGUUGUGCAAUACAUUGCUGAAUUUAAAAAUACGGAUGUAUUCAUGUGUUGUGUAAUUAAAGAAAUAA